AUGGCAACAUCACACGAGGAGGCGGACAACAUAAUAGCACAACAAUCGAUCAUGUGCGCGAAACAGCGACCUGGUGCCGUUUUAGUUAUCGGGGAUGAUACAGACGUUUUUGGGCUCCUUCUUCAGCUUUAUCAAAGUGAGGGUCUUACCAGUGCCAUGUUCACGAAAUCACCUGUUCAGCAAAGGUCUACGAUAGACAUCAAGACCACUGUGCAAAAACACCAUGCCAUCGUUCCUGGCUUGCUUGCAGCGCAUGCGUUGUCGAGCUGUGAUACCGUGCCAACCCACUUCGGAAUUGACAAGGGUACUGUGCUGAAGUUCCCAAUGCGGCUCCUGAGUCUUUAA